ACUUCCUGUUAUUUUUAGGCAGCAGUACCUUCGGCUAGGCCUACAACUUCCAGAAAACGGUUACGGGACGGUGAGUAGAUUGCACUCUGCGGGUUCACAAUUAAAUUUUGAUUUUGAUCCAAACAACAGACCCGUUUCCUUCCAAAAGGCCACUCCACAAAAGAAGGAAAUCAAAUCACAGAAAUAUGGGAAUCAGUUCUACCACAAACCUAAUCAAACUUUCCGUCCUCCAAUCCUCUUCGCGACGUGUUUCUGCCAAUUCCGGUGUUUGGGCCGAUUCUCCAUAUCUCUUGAAUCACCACCACCACCACCACCACCAAUGCAGAUCGUCAUACACUCGAUCUCCUCACCAGCUCACUAAGACAAGGUCAUAUUCGUCUUCGUCGUCUUAUUCGUAUUCGAAGAUGGGGUUUCUCGGAUGGUAUUUGGGAAAGCUCGAUUCCCGACCCAUCCUCACAAAAGCCAUCACUUCUUCCCUUAUUUACAUGGUCGCCGAUUUGACAUCCCAGAUGAUUACAUUGCCACCUUCCGGUUCAUUUGACUCAAUGAGGUCAUUACGUAUGGCUGGAUUUGGGAUGCUUAUUGUAGGGCCAUCACAGCACAUGUGGUUUAACUUUGUAGCUAGAAUCCUACCAAAGCGAGACGUAAUCACUACCUUGAAGAAAAUGAUUACAGGGCAGGUUCUUUAUGGACCCUGUGUUAAUGGUAGUUUCUUCUCCUUCAAUGCAGCUCUUCAAGGUGAAAGUGGGACCGAGAUUGUUGCUAGAUUGAAUCGAGAUCUCCUCCCAACGUUGAUUAACGGUCUUAUGUUCUGGCCAAUAUGUGAUUUUCUUACUUACAAAGUUAUCCCUGUUCAUUUACAGCCAUUGAUAAAUAGUUCCUUUUCGUAUAUUUGGACCAUAUAUUUGACAUACAUGGCAAACUUGAAGAAAGCGGGUAUUGUUUAGUUUUGACAGCCAUUGAUAAAUAGUUCCCUUUUGUUUAUUUGGACCAUAUAUUUGACAUACAUGGCAAACUUGAAGAAAGCGGGUAUUGUUUAGUUUUCAAGUUUUUUGACAUCUACAUGUAUUGAUCUGCAAGAGUUAUAAAGGAAAGACAAGAACAAUAUCCGAUUUUGUCCUUUAAAGUCUGGAUUGAGGAGACAGCAGUAGAAUUUGACCUCCCAAUAGUUGCAGGUACUUGCACCGAAGUUAGUAAUAAUUACAAUUUAUACAUUCAGAUUUUUUUAUGUCCUGAUUUGUCUGUACAUAGUUCCUUAUAUUUGAGAUUUGGUUUUAUUGGUGCAUCAAAAGAGGUUCAUUGACAUAUAAUUAUCACGAAUUAAAAUUUCUUUUUCAUGAGAAUCACUUGGUUUAGUUUUGUUGACUCGAUAGGUUUGUUGUUGAGUUCAUUACUAUAUGGCUAAUUUGCACUGGGAGAAUGUUUAAUGUGAAAUUCCAACAUGGUUCAAUUGACCAUAAACUUUGCAAGGAG